AUGGCUUCGCGAGGUCGGGUACGACUGCCACCAGAGGUUAACAGGAUACUCUAUGUGCGCAAUCUACCGUAUAAGAUCAAACCGGAUGAGCUCUAUGAUGUUUUCGGCAAGUUCGGAUCGAUUCGGCAAAUACGCAAGGGGAAUGCUCCCGGAACUAAGGGCACUGCAUUUGUGAUUUACGAUGAUAUUUACGAUGCUAAAAACGCAGUAGAUCACUUAAGCGGCUUUAACGUGGCAGGACGAUAUUUGGUUUGCCUUUACUACAGCGCGACUCGUCUGCAGAAGAAGUUAGAUGCAGAGGGCCAGAAGGAAGAGAUCGAACGGCUCAAACGCGAACACAAUAUUGGAUGA